CGCGACGUUUUGUGAGAUGCGAGAGAGAGCCAACUCAAUCGCGUUCGGUCGCUAAUUUGUGACGUGUUUGGUGUUUUGUGUUUGUCUCUCGUGAUCGUCGAUGAUUAAACGUGGUGUCGUGUAUUUAAUUAUUAUUUCGUUUGUUCGUAAACAUCCAAUUCGCCGGAUGCGGCGCGGCGUUGCGGCGUGGACGACAAAUCGAUAGAGAAAAAUGAGGUGAAAGGCGCUAUUUUCGGAAAUAAACUCCUGAUGAGGGAACGGGAUCUGGCCAAUCAUGAUGGAACCGCCGCUUACGAGCAAAGUUCUCCGGGCCCCCAACUUGAAAAGAGGUCAAGAGAACAUUAGAAUACAAGAUAGGAUUAAACUCGAACGAGUGUUGGGCGUAACUGUGUCCAGCAAUGCAGCCCUGGAUUGCGAUGCAACCAGCGAACUGGUCGCCUAUCCAGCCGGUUGCACGGUCGUGUUGUUCAAUCCGCGAAGAAAUAGCCAGGCGCACGUGUUGAACGGGUGUCGCAAGACCGUGACUUCCCUUGCGCUCGCCGGGGAUGGCAAGCUUCUGGCCACGGGCGAAUGCGGUCACAUGCCGAACGUUCGUGUCUGGGAUAUCUCCGAUCCGCACAAUGCGGUGCAGAUCGCGGAAUUUUCCGGACACAAGUACGGCAUCAACUGCGUGGCGUUUUCGCCGAGCAACAAGUACGUCGUGUCGGUCGGCUCGCAGCACGACAUGAUCGUAAACGUCUGGGACUGGAGGAACAACGUUAAGGUGGCGUCCAACAAAGUAUCGAGCAAGGUGAAGGCUGUCUGCUUCGCGGAAAAUGGCAAUUAUUUCGUUACCGUGGGUAACAGGCACGUGAAAUUUUGGUAUCUGGAGUAUUCGCGCAGCGCCAAGUACAAGGAACCGGUGCCUUUGAUGGGCCGAUCUGCUAUAUUGGGAGAGCAGAGGAACAACGAUUUCGUUGACGUGGCCUGUGGCAGGGGCGAAAUGGCGGAUUCCACGUACGCGAUCACCAAAACGGGUCUGUUGUGCGAAUUCAACAACAGGAGACUUCUGGACAAAUGGGUCGAGCUCCGAACAAGCAGCGCCAAUUGCAUGGCGGUUGGGGACAAGUACAUCUUUAUAGGAUGCGCCGAAGGAAUUGUCAGGUGUUUCAGUCCCAGUACGCUCCAAUUUGUCACCACACUACCGAGGACGCAUUAUCUGGGAGUCGAUGUGGCGCAGGGAUUGUCCAUCAGUCACAUGUCCCAGCAUCCGCCCAACGCGAGGUAUCCGGACGCGAUUGCGCUGGCGUUCGACGAGCGAAACAACAAGCUGACGUGCGUCUACAACGAUCACAGCAUUUACGUGUGGGACGUGAGGGAUAUCAGGCGGGUUGGCAAGUCGCACUCGUUUCUAUAUCAUUCGGCCUGCAUCUGGGGCGUCGAGAUGUAUCCGACCGGUCCGGAUUCCGUCGGCUCUAUGCCGCCCGGAAGUUUCAUCACCUGUUCCAGCGACGACACGAUUAGAGUUUGGAACUUGGAGAGGGACAUCUCGCCGAACGAUACCUUGUACAAACGGAACAUCUACAGCAAUGAAUUGCUCAAAGUGUUGUACGUGGAUCAAGAGCUGACGUAUUUGAAAGACCUGGAUUUGGCCGCAGCGGGAUCAACCGAGAAGAGUGACGCGUCUUAUGACGGUCGUAACGGCGUGAGGUCGAUAAGAGUCUCUCCUGACGGCAGGCAUCUUGCUUCCGGUGACAGAUCCGGCAACAUCAGAAUUCACGACGUUUCUUCGCUGGAGGAAUUGUGUCUGAUAGAGGCGCACGACGCCGAAGUGUUGUGUCUUGAAUAUUCGAGGUUCUCGCGAUACUCGAUGGACGCCACCAGAUUGUUGGCGAGCGCGUCGCGCGAUCGAUUGAUUCACGUUUUCAGCGUCGAUCAGGGAUACAAUUUUCUUCAGACGCUCGACGAUCACAGUUCUUCCAUCACGGCUGUUAGAUUUUUCAAUCAGUCGAAUCAGAGCAAUCAAAUACAAAUGGUAUCUUGCGGCGCCGACAAGAGUAUUAUUUUUAGACAGUUGCAAUCGACGCCAGGUGGAAUGCCACAGUUCGCCAGAGGCCACAACGCUCAGGGAAAGACCACGUUGUACGACAUGGAAGUCGAUUCCGGACAAAAGCACGUGUUGACUGCCUGUCAGGAUAGGAAUAUUAGGGUUUACAAUGUUACUACCGGCAAGCACAGCAAAACCUUCAAAGGUUCUGUUAGCGACGACGGCUCGUUGAUCAAAGUCGUUCUCGAUGCCUCCGGUAUUUAUGUAGCUACCUCAUGUACAGACAAAACGCUAUGCGUGUACGAUUAUUAUAGCGGUGAGUGUAUGGCCACUAUGGUCGGUCACUCGGAACUGGUGACGGGUUUGCGUUUCAGUCCUGAUUGUCGUCACCUUGUGUCCGCGAGCGGCGACGGCUGUGUGUUCGUAUGGCGCGUUCCGCACGACAUGGUCGUAACUAUGCAGGCUCGUCUCGCUCAACAAGCUAUGCGCGCCGGCAAAAAACCACCGCAAGUUAACGGAGGCGGGAUCGACGUGCAACUUGACAACGGAACUUACGGAUCACCUCCGCCCAACUUUCUCGAUCCGAACGCGAAUCCGCAGAGCAUCGGAGUGGAUUACAGAUUCAGCGUAGGCCAAUUGCCGCAGUGGGCGAAGAAACAGAUAAAUACCGCGAGCGCUGAUGAAAGCGCGAUUGGCGGAUCGAACGUCAGAUCUCUCAACGUCGAUCUGCCCAAGGGCAGGUGGGCGCAGAGGGUUCAACAGGGCGACGGUAUCACCGUCAAGUCUGUCUACGACAGCGACGAGGUCAUACCGUUUCCCUCGUCGCGUAACGCCGUCGAUUCGGAUGGCGGCGGCGGUGGCGGCGGUUCGAAGGACAGCUCCAUCGACAGCGGCAUGGAGACGAAAUGCAGCAGCGAUUAUCGUCGAGAAAUAAUAGUCGGUUGUAAAACGGAAGAAGAGGAGAACGUGUUUCAACCUUGCCGGGAGAGUUACCGGGAGAUAGAAAACGAAACCAAGCAGGUGAUUGACGGUAAGGUGACGAUCAGAAGUGGUAAUAUCACGGAACUGAUACGUCACUCGAGGAGUCGUCACCACACCGACGAUAGCAGUCUUGGCAGCUUUAAAUUCGAGGAUCACGAAAGCACCGAGCACGACGGGGACGUUGAGGAUUAUUCCGAGGGGGAAAACGGAACGACCGGUUCGGAGAAGUCGAAUCACAGAUUGAUGUACUAUCCUCCGCCGGAGGAUACCGUGUCGAGUCAGUUCACUGUCAACGCGAUGGACGUGGAGGAACUUCGAAGAUCGCAAAAGCGACAGAAGAGAUUGAAGAACGCGGAAAACGGUCGGACGAGCGAGUUGGUCGCGUCCGGUAGUCAGGACGAGUCCGACUCGGAAGGCGGAGCGUCGACUCCCAGCGCCGAGAGAAAUCUGCUGUCCAUAUUGUCCGAGGCAAGUUCGGAGGGUUUCGAUCAGCUCGCCAAGCAGAGUCACAGGGAAAAGUACUUGAAAAACGCGUUCGAGUCGCUCAGCGGAGCGGAAGAGCCUCCGAAUCGUGUGAAAGCGACGAGCAUCAGCUCCCAGUUUCACGGAAGACUUAACGGCGGCGAGGGUGGCAACACCGGUGGUGGCAAAAUGCGAAACGCAGCGGUGGUCAAUGCGACGAAACACGCGAGAGGCGAUGCCGACGUCGUGAAGAAACGGGAGGAGCUUCAGAGGAGAAUAGAAGAAACUCGAAGAAAAUUGCAAAGCGUCGGUUACAGAUCGUCACUGAAGUCGAGCCAGAGCAUAUCCGACUUGAGCAGCCACAUACCGGAAAAGCAUCAUCGCUCGAACAGACUUAGCACAGUUGGCUGUAGUGGGGGGCGAGUCUCGUCAAAAGUUGUUGACAGCGAGGAAGAAGAGGGUGGUAUGAGACGCGCCUGUUCCCUGAGUGAUCUAUCGGUCAGCCCUCCAAAUAGAUUACUGCAUGGUCCCGUACAAGUUUCAGGAAAAUUAGGGAACAAGAAUAUAGGCGUAGCGUCGAGAACGGGAUCGGGAGGCGCCAAUCUAAACAGCCAGUCGAGACACGGUUCGGGAAAAAGUCACUCGACCCACAUAAUAAGAAGUAGCAGCGUUGGCAUCUUGAAUCAGAGCGACUCGGAAUCGGAUGUCGGUGUAACGGGAGGAAGUGGCGGUGGCAGAGCGUGGAGCAGCAAUCAGUCCGGCAACAACCGAAUGAGCGGUUUGCUCAGGCCAACAAUCAGUUCGCAGAACAAGAUCAAUCAUCAAAACAAAUCGAGCUCUUCCGGCAGCAACGUUUCGUCGGUUUUGAGAAGACGAGGCAUGCAAGGAGCUUUCUCAACAGUCAAUCUAAGUCAAGUAGGAAAUCAAGAAGACUCGAGUUCAGAGGACACGUCCUCGAACGGGAACGGGGGAAAACCCGCGCUGCCACCUAGGCCUAGAAGCAUCAGCAUCGACUACUCUUCCGCUAGUUUGAGUUUACCCGGCACAUCCGUGAUGAGAAAAUCCGGCUCGACGAAUGUAAUAACAAACGGUCGAAGCGGUGGCAACGGACAGAACGCGAGUAGAAUGUCCGCGGCGAUCAAGAAUCAAUUGGAUCCAAGCCCGCACGAACUUCCGGUCAAAGAUACGGACCGUGCAAUCGACGUAGCUAGUGCCGAACUAGACGCGGAUAAGACAUUAGUGUCCACGCAACUGUGCAAUACAAUAGCGGACGAGCUCACGCGGACCGCGGACAAUGUUGUGCAACUUUACAAACGUUUGACGAUAGACACCGAGAGCGGCGAUCCUUCAAAAGGAGCGAUCGACAGAGACACGAUGCUACGGGGAUUGGAAUCGUCCGUGAACGAGACCAUGCGCACACUGCGACUGGUCGUUACCGGAGGAGGUGGUGGUCAGGAAACUCGCAACGACGGCGGUGGUGGCAACGAGAGCGUCGCAACCAACGAGGCGACGGCCAAGUUUCAGGAGUUGCUCGCGGGUCAGGAUCAGAGCAAAGUGGUAAACAUGAUGCAACAAUACUCGGAGCUGUUGCUUAACAUGAUGCAACAGAGGAUGGGAGGUACCCAGACGGCAACGGGUCACGCACAAAAUCCGUCCACCUGAGAAUUGAUGUGGGGAGGAAAUACGACGAGACGCUCGCAAUCGACGCGCAAGCGCGUCCAAACGGGAUUGCGGGAGGAACGCGCGUUCCCGCGACGGUCAAUUUCUCUUCUCCGAUCAUCCCUCGACAGUUUUCUGUCUCUCUCUUAAAAAGAAUUUGAGAAUGUGUGUGAAUUUUAAUAUAAAUUCAAAUUAAACAAGUCUAUCCUCGUUAAAAAAAAAAAAAAAAAAAAAAACAAACAAAAAAAACCAAUCAGUAUGCACAUAUCGUAGCUCUGUGCGUUCGUUCUCUUUCGUCAGCGAGGGUAGAGAGAUUGUUAUUCGUUUUUGAGCAAUUCAUAUUUCCCCCAUUCGCACGAUAUAUAAGAUAAAUUAAAACAAAC